AUGGGCUGGCCAAAAUGCAAUUCGACAGACGAGGAUUUGGCGAUCACCGAGAUCCCCAUAUGGGAGGGCCAUACUUUCCAUACGAUCGGUCUCUGGAUCGCAGCAAUGUUCACCAUCAUUGCCCUGGCUGUCUCCUUCUUCCUCAUCCUCAUGCACGCCACGCAUUACCUGAAACCACAUGAACAGAAACACAUUAUUCGCAUCCUCGUCAUGGUCCCCAUCUACGCCGCCGUCUCGCUCCUCUCCUUUUACUACUAUCGACACAGCGUCUACUUUGAGGUCAUCAGAGACUGCUACGAAGCAUUCGCUAUUGCUUCUUUUUUCUCCUUGCUGUGCGCCUACCUCGCUACAGAUUUACACAAGCAAAAGAUCUACUUCCGAACAAUCACCCCGAAGAAAUGGGUUUGGCCCAUGAAGUACUUUCAGAAGUGUACGGGCGGUUCUGAGAAGGGUUGGCUGAGAACACCAAAAAGCGGCUUGACAUGGUUUAAUGUGAUUUGGGUCUCGAUUUUCCAGUACUGUUUCAUCCGCGUCUUUUUCACGAUUGUAUCAGUCAUCACCCAAGCUCUCGACCUGUAUUGCCUCGAAUCGUUGAGCCCGGCCUUCUCCCAUAUCUGGGUCAUGGUCUUUGAAACCAUUUCCAUCACCGUUGCCAUGUACUGCUUGAUCCAGUUCUACGUUCAGAUCAAGGACGACAUCAGGCAGCAUAAACCCCUGCUGAAAAUCACGGCCAUCAAAUUGGUGAUAUUCCUCAGUUUCUGGCAGACCAUUGCCAUCUCUUUCCUCACCAGCGCCGGGGCUAUCAAGGCCACCAACAAGAUCCAAACUCCCGAUAUCAAGGUCGGUAUCCCUGCGCUAUUUUUGUGCGUCGAGAUGGCCUUGUUUGCCAUAUUUCACAUCUGGUCUUUUAGCUGGAAACCGUACGUGAUCGGCUCAAAGGAACAGAUGUCUGACAUCGUGGCCGGUGAGGGCCUGUCGCGAUACGAGGGAGGCUUCUUGGGUAUGAAAGCCAUUUUUGAUGCUUUCAAUGGCAUGGAUAUGCUCAAAGCUACGGGUCGAUCGGCGAGAUGGCUGUUCAAGGGACGCAAGACUCGCCACACGGACUCGAGCUAUGACUUGUCGAGAAAAGAUACCGAAGGAAGUGAAUUUGGCGCCCAGGGCCAGAAAUUGAAUCCUCUUAGUACCCAAAGCGCUUACAAGGGGGCUGCGGAUAAGCCACCGCACUACAACGCUGUCGAGGAUGAAGAAGGCGCCAAUCUACUCGCCAACGGCCAAAAUAUGCCAACAUCGCAUCCGCCAGUUGUUGGGUCAGGCAUUGAUGGGGGCCACGACAUUUACGAUUCGAACAAUGUGAGCGAUAUUGGACUAGCGUCGAGUUACGACGAUAAAUACAACGGCCGAUACGACCCUCCCUCGCAUUACCCACUGGCGCAGCAGCCCUAUGCGCCGUAUCAGGGGUCCCACAACGGAGGUCAGGAAACCGGAGUGGUCGCAGUACCAUAUCCUGCACUAGCGAGAGAAGAAUCAAGUUCACAUUUGGGAGGUGGCCACGACAGCAGGAGAACAUACAUGCCGCCUCCGCGGAGUCCGGAUCCAAACACGAGGAAGCCGACUACAAGUAAAGGCCCAGACGGGGUAGGGACCGGCGAGUUUUUCUAA